CUUAAACAUAAUAUUAUAUUUUUAUAAUUAUUUUAAAUUUUUAAAUUCAGUUUACACAAUAUUAAGAGUACAUUUACAGAAUUUUAAAAAUAAAUUUAUUAAAAGUUGAAAAAUGAGUUUACACAACGUUGAAUCUUAAAUUAUAAAAUUAUUAAUUUACGUUCAUAAAACGUUAGAAAUGAUAAUAAAAAAUUAAAUGAAUGAUUUGUAAUAUAAAAAAAUAUAAGUUGAAAUGCAAAUAGGAAGAUUCAGGUUAAUAGUACCUGCAGCUGUAGCUAAGCCUUCGCCAUCUAUAGGUCAAACUUUGGGUCCUUUAGGUAUAAAUAUGGCUGAAUUUUGUAAAAAGUUUAAUGAGAGAACUAAGGAAAUUAGGCCAAAUGUGCCAGUUCAAGUUCUAAUAACAACACAUCAUGACAAUUCAUAUAAAUUCUCGCUGAGAACACCGAGUUCUCAGUGGUUUCUGAGAAGAAUCGCAAGGGUUCCGAUGGGAAGUUCUAAUCCUAAGCAUGAGAUUGUUGGAAAUGUAACUCUAAAAGAGGUUUAUCACAUUGCUAAAUGUAAAUGUAUGGAUCCUCAAUUAAUUGGAACGCCCCUUUAUGUGAUUUGUAAGCGUAUUAUCGGUACUGCAAAUGCUAUGGGCAUUAGGGUCACCAGGGAACUUUUACCAGAAUUUAAGAAACGAGAUUAUCUUCCAGUUUCUAAACUUGAUCAAAUGAAAAAAGAUAUUAAAAUGCAACGACGCUCUUCUAAACGAAUGAAAUCAUAAUCUUAUCCCUGUAGAUUCUUUUCAAUGUGUUAAAUUUUUACCAUUUAUCAGGAAUCCACAUUUAUUAAUUUGGAAUACAUUGGUUUUAAAUGAAUUUAUUAAAUGUGUAAAUUUUUAACCCUAAAUUAUUAUAUUAUUGUGCCAUACAAUACUAAAG